AUGAAUAUGAAUAACAGACCAAUUCUUGUGCCAAACUUCGAUCUUGGAAUAGAUAUUCUAGUUCCACAUUCAGAAGAUAACCUGGUGGAAAAUACUAAAGAUUUCUCCAAUGAUUUGGCCAAAGACAUAUUGAGAGACGGUUCUUCUAUCGAUUUCAAAUCGCCGUCUAAAGCUGAUGAGAAUCUCGAUAACUAUCAGUAUGGUAAUAGCUAUUUUACAGAUGCUUUCUCAAUGAACAAGUUUCAUAAUCGUAACACUCCUCUCAAUGAGCAAUCGCUAAGCCCAAAAGAUAUGGAUGUCAAUGACUCAUUAUAUCAUAGUAAUUCAAACACAUUAACUUACUCUCAAUCAAAUGACCUUCAGUAUGAUAUUAAUGAUAUAAAUUUAAAUCAGAUAUUUACUGUUGAUGAUCUAAUGGCAAUCAAAGCCAGAAGUUAUAGUACUACUGCUAUUUCUAACAACAAUAGGGGAGAAGUUUCUCAAGUCGAACUAAUUGAAUCGACUCCAUUAGAUGGGGUUUCUGUGGAAACUUCAUUUCCUGAAAUAUCUAAUGCUAAUGAUCUACGGUUCAAAAAUACAGAUUAUUUCAAACCGUUUGAUAUGCAAUCAAGAGUCAUGAGUAUUCCAGAUUCGAACGAAUUAAAAAAAAUGGUUGAUGAAAUUAAGAGAAACUCUAUCGUGACUAUAAGUCCCCCAUCUACUGAUGCUGGAAUGGGUAAAAAAAGUAGAAGGAGAUCUACUGCUAGACAAACACAAUGUAGCUUUUGUUUGAAAGUUUUUAACCAAGCUUCUCACUUCGAAGUUCACAUCAGAUCUCACAUUGGUUACAAACCACAUAAAUGUCGGUUUUGUAAUGUAUGUUUUACGCAAAGUGGUAAUCUAAAGACUCAUGAAAAAUUACACACCAGUGAGAAAGAUUUUGAAUGUGAAAUUUGCAAUAAAAAGUUUUCAAGAAAAGGUAAUUUGGCUUCUCAUAUUGCCACACACAACCGUUUGAGACUACACAUUUGUAAAUUUGAUCAUUGUAAAAAAUCAUUCACUCAAUUAGGUAACAUGAAGGCUCAUCAUAAUAAGUUCCAUCGUGAAACGAUGGCAAGAUUGAGUAAUAUAUUAUUGAAUAUUUCUGCUGAGGAUUCAUUAUCCGAUGACGAUAAAUACAUGCUUCAAUACUACUUGACGGUUUAUAAGAAUUCAAAAAGGUUGAAUCUAUUGACACCAUUUUUAAACAUGCCGUUAAUUAAGGAGGCGAUAUCUCUGCCAACAACGACAGGAUUAUAA